AUGGUAAACAGCGAGCUAUUAAUAGUUGCAGUCUACGUGGACGAUCUGUUCGUGACCGGCACCAACUUUAAGAUGAUCAAGGAGUUCAAGGAUAACAUGUCAAGCAAGUUCGACAUGAGUGAUCUAGGCAAACUCACUUAUUAUCUUGGAAUAGAAGUAUGCCAAUACGAGAAUGGAAUUUCACUAGUACAGAGAAGUUAUGCUUCGAAGAUUUUAGAAGAAGAUGGAAUGGAAAAAUGCAAUCCUGUCCAAACACCGAUGGAACUCGGUCUAAAGUUGUCAAAAGCAGAACACGAAAGAGAGAUUGAUGCAACGAGGUUCAGAAGAAACAUAGGGUGUCCACGUUACCUUCUCCACACGCGACCCGAUUUGUCUUAUAGUGUUGGAGUUCUUUCACGAUACAUGCAGAGCCCAAGAAAAUCACAUGGUGCUGCAAUGAAACAAGUGCUGAGAUAUCUGCGAAGGAGUGUUUCGUAUGGUCUAACAUUCGAGAGGAGUUCACUAAAGGUUCCAAGACUUAUAGGCUACAGCGAUAGUAGUUUUGAGUCUGAUCCAGACGAUGGGAAAAGUACGACAUGCCAUAUCUUCUAUCUUGGAGAGAGUCCAAUCACGUGGUGUUCACAAAAGCAAGACACAUUUGCUUUGUCAUCCUGCGAAGCCGAAUUCAUGGCAGGAAUAGAGGCCGCAAGACAAGCCAUUUGGUUACAAGACUUAUUAUGUGAGAUCACGGAUCAACCAAGCGAGAGGUCACCAUUCGAAUUGAUAAUCAGUCUGCAAUCGCACUGA